AAGUUAUAUUCUAGCCUCGUAGGCGAAGAUGGGAACCAAUUUCAAACCAGUGAUAUUGUCACUGUUUCUUUCCUUGUUGCUGUUUUCCUGUACAUCCUCUGCAUACAAUGAUAGGUUGGUUAGAAUUGGACUGAAAAAGCUGAAAUUGGAUCAAAACAGCCAGAUUGCUACUCGGCUUGAGUCAAAAAAUGCCGAGGCUUUCAGAGCUUCUGUGAGGAAGUAUGGUCUCCAUGGUAACCUGGCAGACUCUGGGGGUCCUGAUAUUGUAGCACUGAAGAACUACUUGGAUGCUCAGUACUACGGUGAAAUUAGCAUUGGCACUCCUCCUCAGAAAUUCACUGUAAUCUUUGACACCGGUAGCUCCAAUUUGUGGGUGCCAUCAUCCAAGUGCUUUCUCUCUGUUGCUUGUUACUUCCAUUCCAAGUACAAGUCAAGCCAAUCAAGUACCUACAGGAAGAAUGGGAAAUCUGCUGAAAUUCAAUAUGGUAGUGGAGCUAUUUCUGGUUUCUUUAGUUAUGAUAAUAUCAAUGUUGGUGACCUGGUUGUAAAAGAUCAGGAAUUUAUUGAGGCAACUUCGGAGCCUAGUGUCACAUUUUUGAUGGCCAAGUUUGAUGGCAUACUAGGGCUUGGGUUUCAAGAAAUUUCAGUUGGAAAUGCUGUGCCAGUCUGGUACAACAUGGUUAAACAAGGGCUCAUCAAGGAACCAGUAUUUGCCUUUUGGCUUAACCGCAAUAUUAAGGAAGAAGAAGGGGGUGAAAUUGUAUUUGGUGGCAUUGAUCCAAAUCAUUACAAGGGCAAGCACACAUAUGUUCCUGUGACACAGAAAGGCUAUUGGCAGUUUGACAUGGGUGAUAUUCUUAUCGGUGAUAAACCAACCGGGUAUUGUGCUGGCAAAUGCUCAGCAAUUGCAGACUCUGGAACUUCCUUGUUGGCAGGCCCCGCGACUGUGGUUACCAUGAUAAAUCAAGCUAUUGGAGCCACUGGAGUAGUAAGCCAGGAAUGCAAGGCUGUUGUUGCUCAGUAUGGACAAACCAUAAUGAAUUUGCUUAUAGCUGAGGCUCAACCAAAGAAAAUCUGCUCUCAAAUUGGAUUGUGCACCUUUGAUGGGACCCGUGGUAUUAGCAUGGGCAUUCAGAGUGUGGUGGAUGAGAACAAUGAUAAAUCAUCUAAUAUUGCUCGUGAUUCUGUGUGCUCUGCCUGUGAGAUGACAGUUGUUUGGAUGCAGAACCAGCUAAGGCAGAAUCGAACAGAAGAUUAUAUACUGAACUAUGUCAAUGAGCUCUGUGAUCGAAUUCCGAACCCAAUGGGACAAUCAGCUGUUGACUGUGGAAGUCUCUCUUCAAUGCCUACUGUUUCCUUCACUAUCGGAGGAAAAAUUUUUGAUCUUACCCCAGAGGAGUACAUCCUCAAGGUGGGCGAGGGUUCAGGGGCUCAGUGCAUCAGUGGCUUUACUGCUUUGGAUGUGCCUCCUCCUCGUGGGCCUCUUUGGAUAUUGGGAGAUAUUUUCAUGGGUCGCUACCAUACUGUCUUCGACUAUGGCAAUCUGCGAGUUGGAUUUGCGGAGGCAGCAUAAAGGAUCUAUUUUGGGGUUUUCUUUAUUGCUACCUGCUACUGAUAUAUGUAAUAUGUAGCUUGAGAAGGGGAAUUAGUGGUGGAUUAUAUAGGUGUUGAUGAGCCCAACUUAAAACCAAUAGUUUGUGCGUUGGGUUGAUCAUAAGUGAUUUUAUUUAAAGAAAAAUAGAAGCGUCAAGCUUGAUGUCAAGGAUAUAUAAAUAUAUAUAUUGCACCUAGUCUGUGUAUUA